AUGAUGCAGGCUUUCCUUGAGUCUGCUCAUGACGAGGGAGAUGGCAACAGGGUGGUCAAGGUCUGGGUGAAGCAAGUCCGCGACGUAGCCUACGACGUCGAGGACACACUCCAGGAGUUCGCCGUGCGCCUCCAGAAGCAAUCUUGGUGGCGUAUCCGUCGCAACCUACUCGACCGGCGUCGUGUGGCAAUGCAGAUGAAGGACCUCAGAGCCAAUGUUGAGGAUGUCAGCCAGAGAAACAUGCGCUACAGUCUCAUCAAGGGCUCUGGAUCCAAGGCCGCCAUGGCUUCAGAGCAGUCUAGCAUUACUUCUGCAGCACUGUUUGGCAUCGAUGAAGCAAGGCAUGCAAUGAAGCAGGAGAAAUCAAAAGUAGAACUUGUCCAGCUCCUCAACGAGAAGGAGAAUGACCUUAGGGUAAUUGCAGUGUGGGGAACAAGUGGUGAUCUCGGGCAGACUUCCAUCAUCAGGACGGUGUAUGAGGAUCCAGAUAUUAAAAGCAAGUUCUCAUGCCGAGCUUGGGUCAGAGUGAUUCAUCCUUUUAAUCCAAAAGAUUUUGUUCAGAGUUUGGUGCAGCAGUUUGAUGCAGCCCUAGGGGUUGAUGCUCUGUUGAAAAUGGAGAAGACAUUGCAAGAGUUGGCUGAAGAGUUUAAUAGAUAUGUGAACAGUAAAAGGUACCUGAUUGUACUUAAUGACCUGUCCACUCUUGAGGAGUGGGAUCUGAUCAAAAGGUGCUUCCCAGACAAGACAAUGGGGAGCAGGAUCAUAGUGUCCACAGCUCAAGUUGAAGUUGCAAGAUUAUGUGCAGCGCGGGAAAGCAUAGUAUCAGUGCUUAGGUGCAUGUCUGCUGAUCAGCGUAUUUAUGCUUUCCACGAGAAGGUCUCUCAAGAUGGAAGAGGUUUAGAGUCAAGCGCAGAUCAUGUCACUACGACUACAAAUAACAACUCUAUAGUGCCCACUGGUGAAAUGUUAGAGGAUCAAUUCCAGGGAGCUGCUGAAAAAAAUACCAUAAAAAAGAGCUUGACUCGCGCCAGGACAAUGAUGAAUGCUUUGGAGGAAUCUCAUCUUAUUGGGCGAGAGAAAGAAAAAUAUGAGAUUAUCAAGCUUAUUUCAAAUCAAGCUACCCAAGAAUACCAGGUGAUCUCUGUGUGGGGAAUGGGUGGUCUAGGAAAGACCACUCUAGUCAAAGAUAUCUACGAAAACCAAGAGCUGGGUAGCACAUUUGAGAAGCGUGCUUGUGUCACAGUUAUGCGUCCUUUCAAUCUUGAAGUUCUUCUUAGGAGCUUAAUUAUGCAACUAGAUAGAGAAUCUUCAGAUAAGAAAGACGUGGUCAGUUUGAUGGGCAAGAGAAGGAACACAUUACUAUUGAUGCCACUAAUAGCACUUAUUAAGGAGAUGGAAAGUCUUUUAGAAGGAAAGAGGUGCUUGAUUGUUCUUGAUGAUGUAUCAUCUACUGCAGAAUGGAACAUGAUAGUACCAAAUUUCCAUGGAAUGGAACAUACAAGCCGGAUCGUGGUCACCACAAGGGAAGAAAAUAUAGCUAAACUUUGUUCACAGAGACAAGAAAAUAUAUACAUGCUCAAAGAUCUAGAACACAAGGAUGCACGUGACCUCUUCACUAAAAAGUAUUCAAGAAGACUACUGAUUUGA